AUGUCUGAUACGUCGGGUCCCCAAUCGUGUUGGAGACUGAUUGCUGCUUCAUUUGCGGGAAUCAGUGCGGAGGACACGACUACAUCAACACUCUCAUCUGCACAUCAGUUCACCAAUACUUCCAGGAGGCCGUCGAUGCCAGUUGUCUCGCAAAACUGUACUUUGACGUCUAUUCUCAGUUGUGGUUUGUUGGGAAGAGAAUGGUGUAAGUCUGAUCCUGACGAAUUCAAAAUUUGGUUACGAACUGGUAAAUUGUUUUUUAAAAUUGAAGCUGAAAUUUUUCUUGGACUGGAUAAGCUCGAAGAUGUGAAGCUAUGUUUAAUUGAAGCACAUAAUAUAUCUCCAAACUCUUUAAAUCUACAAAUUAUGAAGGAAUCGUUUUUAUUGGAUCAAGGUAAUACUUUUAUACAUAAAUAUAGUUGGUGUUUAUUUUUCUCACAUCCACGAGAUUUUACUCCGGUCUGUACGACCGAAUUGGCUGAACUAGCAAAAAGGUCAAUUCAAUUUGAACAAAGAAAUGUCAAACUAAUUGGCCUGUCCUGUGAUACCGUGGAGAGCCACCGAGAAUGGAUUAAAGACAUUCUUCUACAUGGAAAUAUAACAACAGAGAGUUUGCCAUUUCCUAUAAUAGACGAUUCCAAAAGAAAAAUUGUCACCCAGUUGGGGAUGCUGGACCCUCGAGAAAUUGGCCCAGAUAAUAAUACUCUCCCGGCACGUGCGGUUUAUUUGAUUGAUAAAAAUAUGAACAUGAGACUUAGUAUUCUCUAUCCGGCUACUACUGGAAGGAAUGUUAGGUUUAUGUAGUUUUAAUAUUUUAGUGAGCUCUUACGAGUGAUUGAUUCUGUCAUUAUGACUGAUGUUCAUGCCUUAGCCACCCCAGUUAAUUGGAAGGUUGACAAUUACUUUAGUAUAUUUGUAGCAAGGUGA